AUGGAGGACAGCCAUAUCCUGGGGGACGACCUGCCACUCCCGCCGGCACGCCUUUUCGAGCGGUUGGCACAUUUGCCCGGAUACACAUGGGACCAGUCUGUCGAACCGUUUCAUUCCACAUAUAAUCACUGGCAUGUUUUUGGUCUCCGACAUGCCGCCGAGUCUGACGUUUCGACACCGGCCGCGACCUCAUCGGGUCCAUCUAGCCUGGCUCGCAAUUCCCCGCGAACCGAGUCCCGCCCCCCAUUUCGACAUCACUGGAGGAGUAGCCUGAGCGAAUCCAGUAGCGAGCUGUCUCUUUCCCGCAUCGAUCACGAGUCAAUAUGGAUCCCAGUGGUGGCCCGAGUCUCGUCUCACGUUGUGAGACUUGAGCGCGAGUUUCAUAUGCUAAGGUCUAUUGUGCAGACCUCGGACCCAGACUGCAACCAUACAAUACGCCCUAUAGACCUUAUCCGCCUGUCGUCGGACCCAGGUGACGCCGGACCUCUUCUCGUGGCUAUCUUCGAAUCACCGGGCCCGAACAUGCUGCGAGAAAUGGUUGCCUUUGGACCUGCCUGGUUUGCAGUGGGUGGCAGGAAUGAUAGCAACGAGCCGACUCCUGGCGAACAAGUGUCUUUGUCAGUGUUUAUGGAUUUCGCAAUCGGCGCAUGUGAUUGCUUGGAACUCUUGCACUACGGUCUCAAGACAGUCCAUGGCGAAAUUCGCGGAGAUGCCUUUCAUUUCAAUCGAGAGGCAGGGGCCGUGAAACUUACCAACACGGGAAAUGGCGCUAGGUCUUUUGACAACAUACUGAGCGAGGGCUGGUCAUCCCUUUCAAGAGAGCUUGGUGUCAAAAACAAGCUGCAAUUCAUUGCUCCGGAACAGACGGGGAGAAUGCCCACAGAACCGGAUAGUCGAACUGACAUUUAUGCACUGGGUGUGCUUUUCUGGACGAUGUUGGUGGGAAAACCAGCGUUUACAGGAAGUGACCCGGUUGAAGUCGUUCAGAAUGUCCUAGGAAAGAAACUACCACCAAUUUCAGCAAAGAGAAUGGACGUCCCCGACGCAGUGUCGGCUGUAAUCCAGAAGAUGACACAAAAGGCAGUCAGUGAACGCUACCAUACCAUAUCUUCUGUCAAGCGCGAUCUGGCACAAAUUUCCCAGUUACUUGGAGAUGGCGAUAGCGAGGCAUUGAAGGACUUUCAGAUUGCUCAGCGUGACGUAUCGUCCUUUUUUACGCUCCCAUCUCGAAUGUUUGGGCGGCGAGAGGAAUAUGACAGGAUUACCAGUGUGGUUGAGAAGGUCCAUAGGCGCCAGCAAGCUGCGUAUGCGAGGGCAGCUGCGCAAACUUCCAGCGGGAUUGGUUCCAACUCUUCUGUGUCUGACGGUCGUGUCGAUAGCUUUGAGAUUGCAUCCGGCUCGAGUGAGUCAGGCUCCUUCAAUCUUGCCUCUAGGGCAGCCUCCAACGGCGGCCCCUAUAAUUUGGGACGUGUAUCGACGCACGAAUCUCUGCACAGCACGGACUCCUCUCCUUCUACCCCCAAACCGGGAGACUCGUCGGGAAAGCCCAAGAGCCCUGUGGAGUCACGCGCAUCCUGGGAGGCUACAGACCGAGAUGGGCACCCUUCAACGGGCACAAGCACACAGAGUCAUGGGGAGUCUAUUGCAUCGGUAAACAGACCCAAGGCUGCACACAAGCUUCGCCGUAUCGGAAAAUGCGAAGUAAUUACCAUAAGCGGUUCAGCUGGCAUUGGAAAGACAGACCUCCUGAACCGUGUUCAGCCUGCGAUCCGUAAACUAGGAUAUAUUGGUAUAGCGCGUCUGGACCGCGCCAGGCGGAUUCCCUUUGAACCCUUUGCAAAGAUCCUGGCCAGCCUUCUCCGCCAGAUCUUUUCGGAACGUGAUGUGACGACUGAAUACCACAAUAACAUUCGCAUCGCAUUGAGACCAAUGUGGCCGACAUUACACCGUGUUCUGGAACUCCCCGAGCAGCUCAUGUCCUCCGGAGGAAAUGACAGACAAAUUUCGCCCAGACUCUCGGCAGCCCAACAUAUUUUUAAGGAAGUUUCUACGAAAGGUGAACCAUCCAAGCGCGUUGCCCUCCCUCGCCUCGACCAAGGCCAAAGUUCCGUGGACUUCUUUCUGUCCAAUGCAGCGUUGAAGAACAUGCGGUUGAUGGAGACGUUCUUGGAGAUACUGCGGACUCUUUCCCAGUAUAGGUUGAUAUGCGCAUGUGUGGACGACUUGCACUAUGCUGAUGAUGAGACCCUUGAAUUGAUCAUGAAUAUCGUCAAAGCAAAACUGCCCUGUGUGUUGAUACUCACAAGCCGGAAAUCAGAGCUCGAGUCGAACACUAUCAAGUCGCUUUUCGAAUCCGAGAAUCCCAGUGUGACCCGAGUCGUACUCAAGCCUCUUGGCGAGGAGGAGAUCAUGCAAGUUGUGGCAGCUACGAUGCACCAGGAACCCAAUCCGAUGUUAACACCGCUUGCAGCUGUUAUACAGGAGAAAAGCAUGGGCAACCCGUUCUUCGUGCGGAUGAUGCUCGAGACGUGCUACAGCAAGAAUUGUAUCUGGUAUUCAUGGAAGAAUUCCGUGUGGGAGUUUGACCUUGAUCGGAUCUUCACCGAAUUUGUGGCUCCCAGGUACGGUGAGGGGCUUGGGCUGGGGUUCAUUGCGAGACGUCUUCAAGAGAUCCCGGCAGCAGCCAGGUCCAUCAUGGUCUGGGGCGCGUUGUUGGGAAGUCCAUUUGCGUUCUCUUUGGUACAAAAGCUCCUCACCAGCGAGUUUUUAUAUUCUAGCGAGGACGACGAGGCUGUAGACCUCACCUGCCCACAAAAUGCCAAUCUAAUCCGGCAGACUGAAGCCGAUAUGGUUGUUGGUCUUCAAUAUCUCGUGCAAGCAAAUCUAAUUAUUCCCGGGAAGACCGAUGAUGAGUUCAGGUUUGCCAAUGAUCGGUUUUCGCAAGCAGCCCUCUCGUUAACCGAGGGGCGAAAUGUGGAGAAGAUGCAUUUUAUCAUAUCUCAAGCGAUGAUGAAGUACUAUCACGAUGGGCGUAGUCGCUACGCGAUGGCACGUCACGUGGCUUUGGCGUCCCGAAUCAUCAAGUCUCGCGUUGUAGAACGACUUGAAUACAGAAAGAUUCUAUGGGACGCGGCCCAAACUGCUGCGCAAUCGGGUGCGCGACCUACGGCGCUCUGGUAUUUCCGCCAUUGCAUCACGUUCCUUCAAGAUGACCCUUGGGAUGACAACAAUACCGAUGUCUAUUACCGCGAGACUUUGCGCUUGCACAUUGCCACCGCUGAAAUGUCAUGGUCUCAAGGUCAUAAUACCGAAGCCUUGGAUCUCCUGGACAAGGUUUUUGAACAAGGCAAGAGCGCCGUAUGCAAAUCAAGAGCCUGGAUCGUCAAGGCUAAGAUUUAUGCCCAGAUGGGUAACCAUCUCCGUUCGAUGGACUCACUUCUGACGUGCCUGGAAGAGCUUGGUGUACAUCUUCGAGAGCCGACGACUUAUGAUGAAUGCGAUGCUGCCUACCGGAAUCUUCGCGCGUAUCUUGAACAAGCGGACUUGGAGGCAAUUGUCCGUAAGCCGGUCAGCAAGGAUGUCGACAUGAUAACUAUCGGAGAAGUCAUGGCCGAGGCAAUGGCUGUUACGUACUGGGACGAUGCUCUAACGUUCUACCGGAUGGCUAUCGAGAUGAUGAAUCUUCAUCUUUUCAGAGGCGGCUUUGUACAGAUUUCCAUAGGAUUUUCGCACCUGGCGAUGAUUUCCUUUAGCCGCUUCCGGGAUCUGGAGCUUGCCGUGAAGUUGAGUGAUUAUGCACUUACUCUACUUGAGCGGUGUCCCGAGCAGUGGACUCAAAGUCGGGGCUCGAUUGUCCAUAAUCUUUAUGUGGGCCAUUUGCGGGUUUCGCUGUCAUCCACGCUUCCUGCUCUUGAGACUUCCGUGGAAACAUCAUUUUCGAUGGGCGAUCCGUAUAUUACCUUAAUCAGUCUCUCCUCAAUGGCGAUGACCAGACUCUAUCUGGGCCAUGAUAUGGCUCAGGUAGAGGCGUUUUGCAACGAAAGCCCGGAAGAUAUCCCCGACUGGGUAAAUGAUACUCGAGGAGGAGCCAGCCUUCUUGCAGUCAGACAAGUUGCGCGUGCUCUGCAAGGAAAAACUGCUUGUCGCUCUGCUGACACUAUCAUGUCCGACGAGCAUCAUCAUACGAAUGAGUACAUUGCUUUCCUUGACAACAAUGCUAGUAAUGCCGACCGCCCGCGAGACAUUUACUGGGGCCUUGCCAUGAUCCCGCUGUUUGCUUAUGGACACCAUUCCAGAGCUAUCGAGUUGGGCAUGCAGAUGAUGGAGACUAUGCCUAGGCUGUGGUCUGCUCGCGUUUCAUACGUAGUCUAUUUCUAUCUUGCCCUUUCACUUCUAACUCUCCACAAUGAAUAUCCUGCUCGCGGGUAUCUCGAUGGAAGCUUGCAGACGGUUUUGAAGUAUAAAGCAGAGGUGGAUUUCGCGCGAAGUGCUUGCGAUGCCAAUUACGGAAUGUGGUCGUUGAUCUUGGAGGCGUUAAUCUGCGAGGUCCGGAAUGACCAUACCUCGGCCAUUCAAGCGUUCGAAGCUGCAAUCGAUCACUGCCAGAUUCAUGGGUGGCCCUUGGAGGAAGCGCUUGCUCUUGAACUGCAUGGAGAGUUUUUGAUCCGGCGUGGUGCGAAAAGGGCGGCGCGUUCUGUCAUGCAAGACGCAAUUGCCGCAUGGGCCGCGAUAAGCGCCGUGGGCAAGGCAGCGCAGCUGACUGAGAAACACGAGUGGCUCUUGAAAACCGCGACAUCCUCGAGAAAUGUGGACGCCGGCUGUCAAACCGUGGACUCACUUCUCGGAAUUAAUCGCAAUACCGGGCAAGAGCACAUGGACAUGGGUGUGGCUCAAAACAUGGAUGAAGACGAUAGAAAACAGCGUUGGAUAGAGCAGAAUGGUGUCACCACCGGCGAACGGUCGUUGGACAUCUCUGGCGUUGGCCUCGACAUCAUCGAUUUGUCAAGCAUACUUGAGUCUAGCCAAGUGAUGUCAUCUGAGCUUCAGAUAGACAAACUUCUGACCAAAAUGAUCGAAAUUGUCUUGGAAUCCUGCAAUGGGUCGGACUCAGCGGUGAUAGCAACCAACUUCGACAACCACUUUACAGUUGCUGCGGCCGGGGAUUUGGAGAAAGGACAGAAAUCCUUUGUUGAUGGUCUCCCCUUCUCCGAGAUUGAGGAUAAGAUGGCGCAUCAGAUUUCUCACUACGUCAUGCGCACCAGAGAAGAAGUCCUGGUUCACAACGUGCUCGAGGACGAGCGCUUUUCGAACGUCAACGAAGGAUACCAAGCCAGAUAUCCCCUUGGGCGGUCAGUGAUCGCAUUGCCAAUCAUGCAGGCAGAGCAUCUCCUGGGAGUCAUCCACAUUGAAGGCAAGCCGAAUUCUUUCACCCAACGGAAUGUUGUGGUCCUUCACUUGUUGUGCAACCAGAUUGGUAUCUCGCUUUCCAAUGCGUUGCUUUUCCGGGAAGUUCGCAAAGUCAGCGCUACCAAUGCCUCCAUGGUUGAGGCUCAGAAGCGCGCACUCGCCCAGGCUCGCGACGCGGAGCAGAAGGCUAAAGUGGCUGAGGCGGAAGCGAAGCACAAUGUGAAGCUGAAAGAAGAUGCGGCCAAGGCCAAAUCCAUCUUCCUGGCUAAUAUAUCUCACGAUCUACGCACACCGAUGAACGGUGUCAUUGGCCUGUCCGAACUCCUCAAGGGCACGAAGUUGGACCGAGAGCAGGACGAAUACGUGGAAUCAAUUCGUGUUUGUGCGGACACGUUGCUCACUCUGAUCAACGACAUUUUAGACUUCUCCAAGCUGGAGGCAGGCAAGAUGAAGAUUUCGACUGUCCCUCUCAACAUUCGGGAGACCAUUUCGGAGGUCGUUCGUGCGCUGCGGUACACACAUCGGGAUCGUGGGUUGGAGACAAUUGAAGACCUGGAUAAAGUCCCACCCGAUCUGGUAGUCCUCGGAGAUCCUGUUCGCCUGCAUCAGAUCUUCAUGAACCUUCUCAGCAACAGUUAUAAGUUCACCCCCAAGGGAUCGGUGACCGUGACAGCGAAGGUUUCCCGGGAAGGCAAGGGCCGUGUCCGUCUGGAAUGCUCGGUAACUGACACGGGCAUCGGAAUCUCGGAGGAACAAAAGUCACGGCUCUUCCGACCAUUCUCACAGGCGGAUAACUCGACGGCGCGGUCCUAUGGCGGCAGUGGACUUGGGCUGAGCAUCUGCAAGGCCAUCAUCGAAGAUGUCCUAGGCGGAGCCAUUUGGCUCGAUUCCACCUCGGGCGUUGGCACCACGGUGACGUUCCACUUGGCAUUCAAUAAGGUCAAGGACGCUGCCGCCAAAGCGGCCAAGGCGGCCAAGCUCGCCAGUCGGGCGGAGAACAAGGCCCCAGCCCCUGUCGCUCGAGACCUGACCAUGGUUCCUCGAGAUCAGAUUCGCAUCUGUAUUGCGGAAGAUAACCCAAUCAACCAGAAGAUCGCCGUCAAGUUUGUAACCGGUCUCAAUCUUCACUGCGAAGCGUACAGUGAUGGGCAGCAGGCCGUGGAAGCCCUCCGAGCGCGGUCCCGCGAAGGCAACCCGUUCCAUGUGGUUUUGAUGGAUGUGCAAAUGCCGACCCUCGACGGCUACAAUGCCACUCGCGAAAUCCGCAAAGACCCCGAUCCCAAUGUUAACGAGGUGUUGGUCAUCGCCAUGACGGCAAGCGCCAUCGAGGGGGAUCGGGAGAAGUGUCUUGAUGCCGGAAUGAACAACUACCUGCCCAAACCGGUUCGAUCUACGAUCCUGAGUGAGAUGCUCGACCAAUACCUUGCACCGGUGCCAGCGUAUACGCGGACGCGGCUGGUGAAUCGGGACCGAGGAAGUGUGAGCACCGAGGCUGGGACCCCCAGAAGCCACUCGCUGUCGCCUAAUAUCGACGGCCAGGUGAUCGCGCUGACGCCCGACGAAGAGAAGCAACUGCAACGGCAGCCCAUGGAAAACUAG